GACACGUGGGGCGACGACUGGGCCAGGGCCGUGCGGGAGGCGGUGUCGCGCGCGAGGGCCCGCGCGACCUUCCACGGCACGGGCCCCGCUGCCGGCGGGGGGAGCGCCACCACGAAGCGCUGCAUCGUCUUCGAGGGGCAGCUGCUGAGCAAGAUCGGAGGCUUCCGGCCCCUGCCGUCGACGCGAAGGUCGCCGACGCACAGGUGGAUGGACAAGAGCCUGGCCAACGGGCACCCUCUCCUGGACCCCAGAGCGGACCUGGGCGGCGCCCGGCAGCCCCCGGUGGUCCUCCCGCCGAUGUGGGUCGCGGAGAGCGGGUGGCGCGUCGCCGUGGGCGAGAGCACCGACGCGGACGGCUGGGCCUACGGCAAGAGCUUCAAGUCCUACGCCGGCGGCGGCCACGACUUCGAGGCGUACGGCAGGCAGUUCCAGAAGGCCGCUCGCCCGCUCGUCCACCGCGUGCGGGUGCGCCGGUGGGAGCGGGACUACCGCCUGGAUCUCACCGCGAGCAUCGCCCACAGGGAGUUCGUGGACGAGACCUGGCUGCAGCACUCGAGGGCCUCCCCGAAGAGGGCGUGGCUGCCGUGCUGUGCAGGUCGCGGAGCCGCCCCGUCCUCGCCGCGGGAGGAGCCCCUGGCGGCCGUCGGUGGUCAGGACGACUCACCCCGCGCGGUGCAAAGCAGCUGA